AGAAAGGCAAACCAGUAACUCUCUCAAACCAGUAACUCUCUCUCUCUCUACCUUUUAUGUUCCAUCUCCAUGACAGUACGGCUCAACAAAACAAAAACUCCUUAAAAUUUUUAAAACUAAGCAAAGUCAUAACACCACCACCAGGGAAUCAAAAAGGCAAAAUCUUCACUGUUUUUUUUUUUCAAGCUUUGAAGAAUAAAAGGCAUGGGUUUUCUGCAUGACGACGUGGUGAUUAUGAGGCAGGCGGAUAAAGAAGGAGAGCCGAGCAUCAUCACUGUAAAUUGCCCUGAUAAAACUGGUUUAGGCUGUGAUUUAUGCCGCAUCUUGCUCUUCUUCGGUCUUAACAUUGUCAGAGGAGAUGUAUCUACGGAUGGGAAAUGGUGUUAUAUAGUGUUUUGGGUGGUUUGUAAGCCAACAACUAGAUGGGAAUUGUUGAAGAAAAGACUAGCUGCAGCUUGCCCUUGUUGCUAUUCUACUUCUGGGAUUUCUUAUUACAGUUCUGAAUUGCAGUCUUCAAGGCCUCCUGAUGUAUUUCUCCUCAAGCUUCGCUGUUAUGAUAGAAAAGGCCUUUUACAUGAUGUGACACAAGUUUUGUGUAGUCUUGAAUUCAGUAUAGAGAAAGUGAAGGUCUCUACAACUCCGGACGGCACGGUGAUGGACCUGUUUUUCAUUACGGAUACCAGGGAACUAUUACAUACAAAAAAUAGGCAGGAGGAGACUUAUAAAGCGUUGGAAGAUGUUAUGCAGGACGCUAUAAUUAGCUUUAACGUCGAAAAGGUUGGACCCGAAAUUACUGCAUGUUCUCAAGCAUCUCCAUUUCUCCCACCUGCAAUAACCGAAGAUAUUUUCAACAUCGAGACGUCUAAUGAACUCCCGAGUGUAUCGCUUACGUGCAACGAUAUUUGUGUCACAAUAGACAACUCACUUAGCCCUGCUCACACUCUUGUUCAGAUCGUAUGUGGAGAACAUAAAGGUCUUCUAUAUGACAUAAUGAGAACUCUGAAGGAUUACAACAUUCAGAUCUCAUACGGACGCUUCUAUAUAAAACAAGGAAAGAAGUGCGAGAUCGACUUGUUUAUAAUGCAAGCUGAUGGGAAGAAGAUAGUUGAUCCCAGAAAGCAAAGUGCAUUGUCCUCACGUCUGAAGAUGGAGCUGCUCCAACCCCUCAGAGUAGCUGUAGUGAGCCGGGGUCCUGACACUGAGCUUCUAGUCGCAAACCCUGUAGAGUUAUCAAGCAAGGGCCGGCCUCUUGUUUUCUUCGACAUUACCCUUGCUCUAAAGAUGCUUAACACUUGCAUAUUCUCGGCAGAGAUUGGAAGACACAUGAUCGGAGAUCGAGAAUGGGAAGUUUACAGAGUUCUACUAGAUGAAGGGGCUAGCUUAUCCGUCCCAAGACGAAAGGUCGAGGAAGAAGUUUGGAAGCGGUUGAUGGGUUGGGAAUAACUAUGAUCACAAGAUAGCCCCUUCGUCUGCUGCCAUUGCUAGUGCUGCAGUACAUAUACUAUGUGCCUCCGCCGUGUGCAAUCGGUGUAAAUUAUUGAUCAGGUCAGUAAAAACUUUGAAGCUUCUGAGGCUAACCAUGUGAUAUAGGAACCUGUUGGUAGCAAGUAGACAAAGA